AUGUCGCAAUCUUCGGUUUCGAAAGCACUAGUAUCAUCGAUUAGUUCACUCGCCGCUAGUUUAUUUAAUAUUAGUGCUGACCCGUCGUUGCCUUCCAUCAUCGAUCAAUGGUGGUGUCCAAUAUGUUCCAUUGAAACAGAAGAUGGCCACCUUUGUGAAAUGUGUCAACAGGUAAUUUUACAAUCUGCAGAAGAUCUUCCUAAUGAUGAUCAAUCAAAAUUAAACGUGUCUUGUUAUGAGUAUACACCAAACUAUGAAAUAAAAAAUGUAGAGGGUGGGGCAUCUGACCAGCGAAAACAUGGAUUGAAAAACGACGAAAAACCAGGAUUAAAAACACUUAUGUCAUUGACUGUUCGUGAUCGUCGACAUAAGCAUGAAUCUGGUGCUGAAAUCAUAUUUCAAAGAAUAAUUAAACAAUGCAGACAGAAAAAACAACCGUUUGUAGACAAGCACUUCCCUCCAUCAACUCGAUCUCUCGGAGCAGGCUCAUUCGAACACUGUACUCAAUGGUUACGAAUAUCAGACGUUGCUCCAUUAUCCAGUGAUGAUCUUAAAUUAUCAUGGACAAUAUUUUCAUCACCGAAACCGAGUGAUAUUCAACAAGGUGCUUUAGGCAAUUGUUGGUUAAUAGCAGCUUUAGCUUUGAUCUCUGAACAGUCUAAUCUACUUGAACACAUUCUUCUGACGAAAACAGUCAAUAAUGAAGGUGUUUAUCUUGUACGUAUCUGCCACAAUGGUUUGUGGAAAACAAUUAUUAUAGACGACUGCUUUCCAUGCACCAGACACAAAUCUCUGGUCUUCACUCAAGCUAAACGUCGUCAAUUGUAUGCGCCAUUAAUCGAAAAAGCAUGUGCAAAAUUAUUCGGUUCUUAUGGGGCUCUAAAAGGGGGAAAUAUGCGUGAAGGUCUUCAAUUACUAACUGGAGCACCAUGUGAUUAUAUUGACAUUAAUCAAUCAAAUGCUACAUUUGAUAGUAAUGCUGUCUGGUUCCAACUGUUAUCUGCAUGUGAAGCAAAAUUAUUGAUUGGAACAUCAUCAGGGGGAAAUGGCGUGAGCUCAGCUGAAUAUGCUCGUGUUCAUAUUCAUAAAGAUCAUGCUUUUUCUGUUCUUGCUGCUCAUGGAUUUGACAAUGCAUCAGCACGAUUUGUUCUAGUCCGUGAUCCUCAUUCUCAUUCAAACUAUCGAGAAGCAGCUGUAACGGAGAGUUUUCUUAAACGAUUACGCGUAAUUAAUCAUGCCAGUCAUUCUACAGGAGCAUUUUGGAUAUCAUGGGAUCGAUUUCUUCGCUAUUUUUCAUCAAUCGCUAUUUCAACUUAUAAUAGGGAUGAUUUUGAUAUACGUGAACAAUAUAAAUUUACUCGAUCAUCUACUGAAUAUGUGAUGACUUAUUAUUUUCAUUUAUCACGACAAUCGUCGAUUACUAUAAGCGUGAUACAUCAUCGUCAUGAUCGAAAAACACGUAGUUCUCAUGCUCAGUCAUUCGUUUUAUGCGAUGCUGAUGAAUUAGUAUCGAAGGGUAUUGUUGGUAAACGUAAGAGUGUAUUGAUAAGUAAGCAGGGAGAACACAUAUACUGGACAGGAUCAUUACGAGCUGGCAAUUAUGUACUUAUACCAUUCUCAACUAGUUUCUGGAAAAAUAGUAAGCCAAAUAGAGAUUUUACCGUUGUCAUACAAUCAAGUGUUCAACUUGAGUUAAAUAUGGAAAAGAAAAAAGCAACAUUUCUCGCUGAUUGUCUAAUUUCAGCAGCUUUGAAAGAUGCUAAAAUGAAACAGACUAAAGACGCUAUCGUUUAUACAACAUCAGGUAAAUUAGGAUUAAAGAUGCUUGUCGUCGAGAAUCAAUCGGAUCAAUAUAAUCUGAUUUUUGAUGUUGAUGUACAGCUCGCAAAAAAUGUUCAUCAUUCACGGCACAGUAGCCUUCCUUAUAAUACACAUGAUUGUAUUCCACCCCGACAUCGUCAAAUAAUAUUUAUUACGGAAUGGACCGAUAAACAUGGCGAGUCUGCUUGUUUGAAUUAUUCAUAUUCGUCUAGUCAUGAUAAACGAACGAGUGAUUCAAGACCGCCCAUUGACAUUUUUCAACACGAUUUUCAUUCACCGCGAAGAUCCUAG